GCUCUGGACCGGUCCACGAAAGUUCCUGUACAGUUCUGGCGGACUGGUCGCGCCAUAGCGUACGCAGAACGGGUGGACUUACAGGCGUUGUGCGCAGAGAUGGCGGACACAAACGAUGUAACCGUCUCGGUUACCGUUGCGCCGGAGUUUGAUAACGGAGAUAAAGAAGUCCCAGUCAUUCCGCUGCGGGAUGUCCACGGGUACAAGCCGGGAUCAGAGGUCGAUCCAUUCCUACCACAGUCGUCAGUGGUAGUGACUGUGACGGCCUUGGACGAUGACAAUGAAACUAUCAUUGAGUCUCUCACCAGUAAACCACGACUGGUCAUUACUCUGGAGCAUGGUCAUUUCAAGUGGACCAUCAGCAAGUACUACAGAGAGGUCCUGUCACUUCGUCAAGAGCUUACAGAUGAUAGCGAGUCUCUGCCCCAUCUUGAGGACUACAAUGUCAGUCGACAAACAGGACUCAAAACUCAGGUGCCAAAAGUGCAGGAGUUCUUGGAUGCUGUGUUGAGGGACGAAACCGACAGACCCAAUCCUGUCACUGCUAAGUUCUUUGAAGUGAGUCGAAUCUCUUUCGUCGAGACAACCGGACCGAAGAGAAAGGAGGGUCUACUGACAGGGAAGCCAGGAGGUCACAGACAACAAACAGACUUCUUCGGGUUCUCUGCCUGGUUCACACACCUCUUCUACUCCCUGAGAAAGAGGUGGUUUGUCUUGAAAGACUCCUAUCUCGUCAUUAUGAGGUCUCACUAUUCAUCUGAUGCCCGUCGCACCAUUUCAGGAGUGCUGCUAUUUGACACUGGAAUGACCCUCAAGUAUGGUCUUACUCAUACUGGGGUAAGACAUGGUAUCAAGAUCACCACCAAGUCCAGGGAACUUCUUGUCCAUGCAUCCUCAACAUAUGAGAUGAGUGAGUGGGUUGGUGCCCUGGAGGCUGUGAUGUACGGGUCGGCAAAGAUGUGGUUGGAUCCAAAACCUUUCUCCUCGUUUGCUCCUCUGCGAAGUAACACCCCUUCAAAAUGGUAUGUGGAUGGACAGCAGUAUAUGUCUGAUGUAGCUGAUGCCAUCCUGGCUGCCAAAGAUGAAAUAUACAUCACUGACUGGCAGUUCAGUCCCCACAUCUUUCUAAAGAGAGAAGGCAGUCACAAGAACAGACUGAAGUGGAGGCUGGACCACCUGCUCCUGAAGAAAGCGGAAGAAGGAGUGAGAGUGUUUCUCCUGGUGUACAAGGAGCUGGAGCUGGCUCUCCAACUGGGCAGCGAGUAUGCCCAGGACCUCCUCGAGCACCCCAACAUUGUGUUUUUCCGUGACCCUGACGUGUAUAAAUCUGGUGUCCUACUGUGGGCACAUCACGAGAAGAUUGUCAUAAUUGACCAGACCCUGGCAUUUGUGGGUGGGAUUGACCUGGCCUUUGGUCGCUGGGACAACGAGUGUCAUGAAAUCUGCGACAACCAUCCAGCUCCUUCUGAGGAUAUCACUAGAGAGGAAGCUUCAACUGAACUAGAGGAAGUGGAGGAAGGACCUGGCGAUGGUGGGAAUGUCCAGCAGUGGAUUGGGAAAGAUUUCUUCAACCCCUUCACCAAGGACUUGAUUGAACUUGAUAAGGCAUUUGAAGAUAUGUAUGAUCGUUCCAAGGAGCCGAGGAUGCCGUGGCAUGACAUAGCCUCUGCUGUGUAUGGCCCAGCAGCUAGAGAUGUCGCCAGACACUUCAUUCAGAGACACAACUUCACCAAGCGGGAGCAGAAGAUUGAAGAAGAGGCUCCCUACCUGCUUCCCCGGAAGACAUUCUCCCAGUCAGAGGAGCAGGAGACUGGCUACCUCAGAGAUAUUCUGACUACUGCUGGACACACUCUCACUACCUCUGCUCAGGUGUUGAGGUCAGUGGAAGAGUGGUCAGGCUGGCGUACCUCUGGAACACUCCAUCAUGAAUGCCUGGGUCAAGGCCAUUGAGGACUCAGAGCACUUUGUCUUCAUUGAGCAACAAUUCUUCAUAUCCUCGCUGCCAAAGGAAGAAGUCACUAACAAGGUGGCCGAGGCCCUCAGAUUCAGGAUCGCGAGGGCCUACAGGCAGGGACAGACCUUCAGAGUCAUCAUUGUCAUGCCUCUCCUUCCCUUCAUUCCCUGCUGAAAAGUUUGGAGAGAAGGAGACAGCAGUUCUGGAGGCAGUUCUCCACUGGAACUACUACACUCUCUCACGAGGAGAGGACUCUCUCUUUGGAAGACUUCACAAGGAGGACGGGAUCCCGGAGGAUGAGAUAAAGAACUACAUAUCAGCGUAUGGUCUGAGGACCCACGGAGAGAUCAAUGGGACUCCUGAGUCGGAGAUUGUCUAUGUCCACAGCAAGCUGAUGGUGGUUGAUGACAGAAUCACCAUCAUUGGCUCAGCCAAUGUGAAUGACAGAAGUAUGACUGGAGAGAGAGACUCUGAAGUGGCCAUUCGAUUUGAGGACAAAGAAAUGAUUGACGGUACCAUGAAUGGUCAGCCGUAUCAAGUUGGCAAGUUUUCCCACUCAAUUCGUGUCCACCUCUUCAGGGAGCACCUGGGUCUCUUGCCGAGUCAGCAAAAGGGCGGAGUUGAGUCUCCUUCCAGUGACAUCAGUGUUGAAGACCCAGUCUCUGAUGAGUUCUACCUCAACACCUGGAUGAAGGCUGCCGUCAACAACACCCAGCUAUACCGACAGGUGUUUGGUGGUGAAAUGAUACCAACUGAUAAAACUCUCAGCUACAAAGAUCUACAAAAGUACAAGACCAACUCAGGAGUGGUGGAGGAGGAUGUGGAGAGAGCUCGAGAGACUCUGCAGAAGAUCCAGGGACAUGUGGUGGAGCUCCCACUUCAUUUCCUGGAGGAGGAAGACCUCACGCCCGACUUUGACUACAUGAUCAACUUUGCCCCUGACACUCUGGUCCAGUAGUAGUCUUCAAGAACAACUAGAAUCAUAAUCAGUUUAGCUCUUCUCUAAUUCUGUUGCCGUGUACAUAGAAGAAAAUUAUGAUUCGACUUUUUACCACGUCACUGGGUAUUAUACUUAUUGCAUUGACCAGAUGAAGUAAAAGACAUUACCUUUAUGUGAUUCAGCUGGAGCUAUAGCUUGACAGGUAGCGAGUGAACCAGUUCAUGUGAAUGUGGGGGUUUCGUGACGUCCCUGCCCCUGCCUU